GAAGCAAGGAAUGACUGGGGAAGAUGCUCUGGCCAAGUACCGCGAGGUUUUCAGCUAUUCCAAGAACCGACUGGCGCGAACUGACCGACGCGAGCUGGUGAGGCAGCUCCUGGAUCACCCUCACGCCGACCGGCGGACGCCUGCGAGCACCCCCGGCGCGGGUGGGGUGGGCGACGCGCUCUGCCUCCUGAACCCCUUCGCGUCGAUCGGCCUGGGCCGCGAGCUGCAGCCGCCCCCAGCCGUCACGCACCGCGGGGCCCCGCAGCACCAGCGCGCGGCGCCGCCGCAGCAGCGCCCGCCGCCGCCCCCGUCCAUCGCGCCCCUGCACGUGACCGCGCUCGUGCUGCCCCCACCCGCGCCCGCGGGGGCUCGGCGGCGCCCCAAUUAUGCUGGGAGUACUGAUGGCAAGUUCUAG